AUGGAAGUUCCAGGAAAAGUAAUUGGUGGUAAAGUUGGAGGAAAAGUCGGUGGAAAAGUACUUGGUCUUGGUAAAGGAGGAAAAGGAAAAACAGGUUCAGGUAAAACCAAAAAAGCUCCCUUAUCCCGUGCAUCAAGAGCUGGAUUACAAUUUCCAGUAGGUAGAGUUCACAGAAUGUUAAAGAGCAGAAUAUCCUCUGAUGGAAGAGUAGGUUCAACAGCAGCAGUUUACGCCGCAGCUAUUUUGGAAUACUUAACAGCAGAAGUUUUAGAAUUGGCAGGAAAUGCAACAAAAGAUUUAAAAGUUAAGAGAAUUACCCCAAGACAUUUACAAUUAGCCAUUAGAGGUGACGAAGAAUUAGAUACUCUUAUUAAGGCAACCAUUGCUGGUGGUGGUGUUAUCCCACACAUACACAAAGCUUUAAUGAAUAAAGUUCCACUUCCUCCAACAGCUCAAAAGAAACCAAAAAAAAACUAA